CCUCCCUCCCCUCCUCCUACUCCUCCUCCUCCUCCCCUCUCCUCUCUCCCCUCCUCUCCUCUCUCUCCUGUCGUUCAGUCGAUAACAAGCUCCGCCCGCCUCUCAGUCUCCGUCGGUGUCUUUCGGCGCGUCUCGGUUCUCGUCGGCGUGUCUCUCCGGUGUCGGUGUCUCCGUUCGUCUACCUGCCGGUACCUGCGUCUCCCCCUCCUCCUCUCCUCCCCUCCGUCCCCCCCGGUCCCGGUGCUCCCCCCUCUCGGUGCGGACAUGCUCCCGGGGCUCCGGAGAUGAGGCUCCGAAAUGUCUCCUUCCUGACGGUGUUGCUGUUUGGGCUGUGCGGGCUAGUCUCCCUGUCCUGGUACACCGCCUUCAGCAGCUCCAGAGGAGAUGUGGUGGACGUCUACCAGAGGGAGUUCCUGGCUCUGAGGGAACGUCUGCACUCGGCAGAGCAGGAGAACCUGAGGAGGUCCAAAGAGCUGAACCUGGUUCUGGAGGAGAUCAAGAGGGCCAUCGCUGAGAAGCAGGCGCUGAGAGACAUAAACCGGACCUGGAGCAGCCUGUCAGAGGAGACCAGGUUGAAGCUGUGGAACGUCAGCAGCAGUAAAAGUGUCCUGCAGCUUCCCUCCAUCUUCCAUCAUCUUCCUCACCUGCUGAACCGGGAGGACAGCCUGCAGCCGGCCGUGCACCUGGGACAGGGACGCACCGGAGUCUCCAUAGUGAUGGGGGUUCCCAGUGUGAAGAGGGAGGUCCACUCCUACCUGACCGACACUCUCAGCUCGCUGAUGUCGGAGCUCAGCGCCGCUGAGAAGGACGACUGUGUCAUCGUCGUCCUCAUCGCCGAGGCCGACCAGCAGUACGCCAGCAGUGUAGCAGACAACCUGAAGCGCCUUUUUCCAGCAGAGAUCCAGUCGGGCCUGCUGGAGGUCGUCUCUCCGUCCAUCCACUUCUACCCCGACUUCUCCAAACUCAGAGAGUCUUUCGGAGACCCGAAGGAGAGAGUGAGGUGGAGGACGAAGCAGAACCUGGACUACUGUUUCCUGAUGAUGUACGCUCAGACGAAGGGAACCUACUACGUCCAGCUAGAGGACGACAUCGUGGCUCGGCCCAACUACUUCACUACCAUGAAGAACUUCGCCCUGCAGCAGCCGUCUGAGGAGUGGAUGAUCCUGGAGUUCUCUCAGCUCGGCUUCAUUGGGAAGAUGUUCAAGUCCGUGGACCUGUCGCUCAUCGUGGAGUUCAUGCUGAUGUUCUACAAAGACAAACCCAUCGACUGGCUGCUCGACCACAUCAUGUGGGUCAAAGUGUGCAACCCGGAGAAGGACGCGAAACACUGUGACCGGCAGAAAGCCAACCUGAGGAUUCGCUUCAAGCCGUCGCUCUUCCAGCAUGUCGGGACUCACUCGUCUCUGGCUGGGAAGAUCCAGAAGCUCAAGGACAAGGACUUCGGGAAGCAGACGCUCCAUAAAGGCCACGCCAACCCUCUGGCUGAGGUCACCACCAGCCUGAAGACCUACCAGCACUUCACCCUGGAGAAGGCCUACCUGGGCGAGGACUUCUUCUGGGCCUUCACCCCGGUGGCCGGAGACUUCAUCCGGAUACGAUUCUUCACGCCGGUCCGCAUCGAGAGGUUUUUCUUUCGCAGCGGAAACAUCGAACAUCCGGGAGACAAACUGUUCAACACGUCGGUGGAGGUUCUGCCCUUCGAUAACAUCCAGGCAGAGAAAGAAGCUCUGACAGAAGGACGAGAGAAAACACCCAAAUACCACCGGACUGAAGACGGAUUCAUCAGGAUAGGAACGUUCCAGAACGGGAUCGCAGAGGGUGAGGUGGAUCCGUCCUUCGGUCCUCUGGAGGCCAUGCGUCUGUCCGUGGUGACCGACUCCCCGGUCUGGGUGAUCCUCAGCGAGAUCUUCAUAAAGAAAGCCGAGUGAAGCCCCUCUUCCCCCUCAGCGAUACCUCAGAGCCGACCGGAGGCUCGGCUGCCUCCAGUGCUGCUCAGAUGGAUCCGGCCGCGGAGCCACAGCGCCGCCGCCUGGCCGGGCCUGGAACCACGGCGAGCGGUGGGAGGAGCAGCCGUUGAAGCUGCACGCCUGUAUCUAUGUACAUACAGUAAAAUAAAUGUUCUACACUGGUGGUGAUGCCGAGCACCUUCCUGAGGACGGAGCUGCUGCUACCGGACCUGGAGGCAGAACCGGACCUUCCUACCGACUCCCAGACCCUCCACAGCCGGACGCUGAUCCACAGUCAGCUUUCAUUCCACCUGGCUGGAAACGACACAAACAAGACAGAGACUUUGAGUUUAAUGAUGAAUUUUAAUCAUCUGGGUCGGUUUGUGUCGAUUCAGACGGAAAUACGUCACCGCAGCGUCUCAGAUUCUGCUCAAAACGACUCAAAACGUGUCCAGAUUCUCGAAACAUUCUCCAAAAUGACCAAAAAAAAGUGACUCAAUAAUGGCUCAAAAUGACACAAACAUGUCGUAAUGACUCAGUAGUUGUUCAAAAUGACAAAAGAUAUCAACAAAACAACUGAAAAAAUGUCCAAAACUCGUCAAAUAUUUGUCCUAAAUGACAAAUUUUUGUCCAAAAUUACUUAAAAUUUGGCCAAGAAUGUCCCAAAACGUGUCCAAAUUAUUAAAAAAAUUCUCCAAAAUGACAAAAACUUGAUAUCUUCAAAUUUUUUCAAAAAUUUACUCAACAUUUGUCCAAAAUAUUCCAAACUUUCAAAAAUUUAUUACAAAUUUGUCCUAAAUGACAAAUAUUUGUCCAAAAGAAUUUAAAUUUCAACCAGCAGCAUCUCGAAAUGUGCUCAAAAUGAAUCAAAUAUGAUCCCAAGUGACAAAAAAUAAUCCAAAAUGACCAUAGAGUUGUUAAAAAUUUGUCUAAACAUCUCUCUUAACCUGUCAAAAAUAGUCAAACAUUUGUUCUAAGUGACAAAUUUAUGUCCAAAAUUACUCACAAUAUGGCCAAAAAUGUCUCAAAAUGUGUUUAAUUUUUUUUUAUUCUCCAAAAUGACCAAAAAAAGUCCCAAGUGACUUAAUAAUGGCUCAAAAUGACCAAAACUUGUUGAAAAUGUCUUGAAAUUUUUUCACAAAUUUAGUCCACAUUUGUCCAAAAUAUUCCAAACUUUCACAAAUUAAAUACAAAUUUGUCCUAAAUGACAAAUAUUUGUCAAAAAGAACUCAGAAUUCAAUCAACAUUGUCUCAAAAUGUGUACAAAUGAUUUAAAAAUUCUCCAAAAUAACAAAAACCUAUUGAAAUGUAACAUUUACUCAACAUUUGUCCAAAAUAUUAAAAAAUUAAAAAACAACUAAAUCUGACUAAAACUACAACAAACCUCAAAAUAAGUCUAAAUGACUGGAUAUGACCAGAAUAACUUAAUAUUUGUCCAGAUGUGAUUCCAAAGUUUUAAUUUUGUAGUUCAUUUAAAAUGUGUCCAAAAUCACUCAAUGUUUACUAGAAAAUGAUUCAUUUCUUAAAAUUCUAUUUAAAACUCGUCCAGAAAUGACUCUAAAUGUGUCUAAAAUUACAAAAAAUAUCUCAAAAUAUGUCAAAAUUGUUCUAAAAAUUACUCAGUGCUUUAAAAACAAACCUAUUCUAUUUAAACUGGACCAAAAAUAAGUCUAAAUAUAAUUUUAAUUAUUUAAAGUUUGUCCAAAAUGACAGGAAAAAAGUUAAAAUGAGUUUAAAACGUGUCCAAAGUUGGUUUUACUCUUUUGGAACUCUGUGAUCUUUUUGUGAACUGACUGGAGAUCAGAUCUGGAACCCUGGAGAUUAUGUCAGAUCAUCUAGAACCUCUGGUUCCACUGAAAAUGAAAGUUUUUUAAAUAAAUAAUUCAGAUCUAUUGUCACUAACUGGAACCUGUUUGAGUCGUUUCCAGCAGAAUCCUGAUGUUCUGGUAGAACCUCUAGGAUCCUGAUGUUCUGGUAAAACCUCCAGGAUCCUCUAGUUCUAGUAGAACCUCCAGGAUCCUGUAGUUCUAGUAGAACCUCCAGGAUCCUCUAGUUCUUGUAGAACCUCCAGGAUCCUGAUGUUCUGGUAGAACCUCUAGGAUCCUGAUGUUCUGGUAGAACCUCUAGGAUCCUGAUGUUCUGGUAGAACCUCCAGGAUCCUGAUGUUCUGGUAGAACCUCUAGGAUCCUGAUGUUCUGGUAAAACCUACAGGAUCCUCUAGUUCUGGUAAAACCUCCAGAAUAAUGAUGUUCUGGUAGAACCUCCGGGAUCCUCUAGUUCUAGUAGAACCUCAAGGAUCCUCUAGUUCUAGUAGAACCUCCAGGGUCCUGCUGCUGUUGGUGGUUCUGCAGACAGACGUCCUCUCAGAGCCGCUGAGCCGUUUGCCUUAAAUCUAAAUAUGUAGCUGAACACAAACUCCCACAAUCCUUUGCUGCAGCCUCACAACUUCCUGGAGGCUUCAAACUACUGAUGCUGUUCUAACCAAUCAGAUCCCUGCUGGCCGAGGCCUUCACUGUUCACAGUAUCUGGAGUACUCUGGAGUACUCUAGAACAUACUGUAGUACUCCGAGGUAGAACUCUGGAGUACUGUGAGUUACCCUACAGUACUCUGGAGUAAUCUGAAGUUCACUGUAGUACUGUGAGUUACUCAGGAGUACUCUGACCUACUAUGUAGAACUCUGGACUACUCUGUAGUACUCUGCAGCACUCUGAGUCACCCGACAGUACUCUGAGGUACUCUGCAGUACUCUGCAGUACUGUGUAGUACUUUCCUGUAGUUCUGUGUCUCUUCUUCCUCCACAGGUUCAGUUUUCAGUUCUGUGACUCAAAUGAAGGAACUUUGAUGAGCAGAAAAAAGCUUCAAACAUUCAGAAAACAUUUUAGUUCAGAGUUACUCUGUAGUACUCUGGAAUACUCAGAGUUACUCUGUAGUACUCUGGAAUACUCUGUAGCACUCUAUAAUACUCUGGAGUAGUUUCAAACAGUCAGAAAACAUUUUCAUUUAGUUCUGGAGCUUCGUCAGGUCGAUUUUCUACUGAAUCACAGAAUUCAUCCACAGAUAGAAGCUUUGAGACACAACCAACAGAAAUCACAGUAAACGGGUAAAUUAAUACAAAAAGUCUCCAAAACUAUUUAUAAAGAGUCUCAAAUGGCCUGAUGUGUUUAAAAUGACUCAGAUUUGGUCCAGAAUGAUUCCCACUUUCCUAAGAUUCGUCCAAACUGACUGAGAAGCUGCCUCAGGUAUCAGCAGCUAAAACAGCUCUAAGAACCCGGAGAUUUAAAUCUUUUCACUUGAAAAUCCACACAUUCUUCACUGAAGGGAACAAAGUGAGUAAAUGAAGGACUGAACUUAUCGAGACUUUUCCUCCAUGAAGCUGCAGAUGAAGCUAGUCAUCAGGUUCGGGUUUUCAGAGCCGAGAGUUCGUUUCUGAUCUGAAACAUGCGGUUUUUAUUUAAUUUUCCUUGUAAGAUGCACUGGAAUGCAUUGCUCUCAUCUUGUAUUUGUCUUUUGUAUCCUUUAGAUAAACUCUAUUUAAAUCAGAUAUCCAAUCUGUGAAUUGUAAUAAAGACAGAAAUUUAAAUGA